CACCUAAGAUAUUUCAUACUAGUAGGCGAGGUACAGUAGCCGGGUCAGAAAGGGGCGGAACUUUCCUAAUGUGUUAUCCUAUGUGAAUUAGGAAGAAACAUGGCAUUGAUAUUCAGAGACAGGUCUACUUUCGUACUUUGGAUGUAGUCUUUGGAUGUAGACACUACGCACGAAGUCCUGCAGUGUGUCUGCCUUCUGCACCUUGCAUUGCUGUGCAUGCCGUGCCAUUCUCAGGAAUCAUUCUGUGAUUAAGAUGAGGCUGGACUGAUCAGGAACUGAGAACACUACGGCCUCCACGGCAGGGACGCCUGAUAGAGCUACGAAGAUGUUUGAAGCAGUCCUGCCACUAUACCUGCGGCUCUGUGUGUCUCUCCUGGUGCUGUCUAGAAUAAGAGCCCAAGUGACUAUGGACGGGAACAAGACAGCAGUGAGCGGGAAGCUGGCCACGCUGUCCUGCAGCUACACCGUUCCAGGCGACGUCAGUCAGGUCCUGUGGAGCAAGACGGCGGAGCAGGGCGACACCAGCGACUUGGCCUUCUACAACAAGCAAACGGGCACCACAGUCCGCAAGCCCUUCCAGGAACGGGUGUCCCUGAGCCACACACUGGUGGAGUCCCAUCUGACCAUUAAGCCGGUGCGAACAGAGGACGAGGGAUGCUACACCUGCGAGUUCCACGUCUACCCAAAGGGCACCAAGGCCGCCAUGGCCUGCCUCACCGUCUAUGUUCUGCCGAAACCCGAGGUGACCUACAGGACAGUGUCUCAAGACAUAAUCGAGGCCAACUGCACUGCGCUGGCCCGACCGGCGGCCCAAAUCGCCUGGAAUGUUGCCGGGUACAACAAGACGCUGGGCCCAGCCAUGUCGUCUUUGAUCCAGCAGGGAGAUGGGACCACGCUGGUCAUCAGCACCAUUUUAAUCCAGGCCGACCUGCUCGACGACCAGUCUGUCAAGUGCUUGGUCUCCCACCAGGGCCUGGACUCCCCGAUGUCUGUGUCCGUGAACAUCAAGGUUGGCAAAGCUCUUGCUAUCCUCAUCUCAGUGACCGCUGUGGCUGCCGUCCUCAUCAUCUGCAUGUGUAUCUGCCUAUGGAAGUGCUUCAUUCGCAAAGGUGAUUGAUCAGUUCAAAGGACCCAAGAGGUUCCUGGGAACAGCGGUUUCAGUCACACAUAGCUGAUAUGAACUAUUGGAUGUGAAAAUGAACAGGAACACUGGAGAAAUAUGCAAUGUUCGAAACUAAAACAAGGACAAAAAACUUUUUUCAAUUUUUAACCAGUUUUCAAGUAAAAAAAUUUGUUUAACUUCAUGUCACACUAUUCGCAGAGAUGGAAGUGAGGCCUGCUGAAAUGAAUGGGAGAUAUUAAUGCAAUGGUAUUUUGUGACUGGGAUGGUAUGUGACUGCUUCUUGCCCUUUGCUGAGAUAUAACACAGCUGUGGUCCUCAAAGUGCAUCCUCCCAUUGGAAAACUACAAGCCAUGUAUGGCCAUAUGUUUUCUAUCAUAUUUUUCAAAUCUAAAGUGCUUUUUAUUCAAGGGCCUGAGAAAAGUAAUGACCUUUCUGUCAGUGCUAAUGUGAAACUCGGGCUGGGUUUGAAUCAGGAUGACUACUCCUUAUGUGAGAAUUUCCCCAUGUGACAUCAGAAUUGGCUGGAAUCCCAGAGUUCACCACAAAAGUAGUAAGAUGUCCCCUUGUUUUACACUGUUUAACACUGCCACUGAAAAUCUGAAAGCCAUUACACAGAACGCUGUACAACUGCAACCAAACAUUUUUGUAUUCUGUUCAUUUUAUACAUACAUAUUCCAUGGAUUGUUCUCUUGUGGAAUGUAACACUCCGCUGAAAGGUAUGAUUUGGGUUUACGGUCGGAAAGGGCACUCCAUGACAGACACAUUCUCGAAAUAUCCCCCUCCUCACCCCGCCCAUCCCCUCUCCCAUCCACAGUCUCAGAGAAUAUGAAAGUUGUAUUGUACGGUUUGUUCCUGAGGUCAAACUCUAUGGUGUUGACUCCUACUGACGCCCAGCUGUUAACGCGCCACAAACGUGCAUUAUGCAGCAUGACUACAACUGCGGACAGAGUAUCGCCAGGCAAGCGUUGCCAUGGAGCAGUGGCGCCAAGUGAUGUCUAGGGUUUCUUUGAGUGUGAAGGACGCUAUUGGAAAGGAGUGGAAUGGAUUGGUUCAGCCUUCAUGGUAAAAAUCCACAGUACAUUCUGCAUUACUGAAUCGCUGUAAACCUGUUGUCAGAAGUAAUCGAUGUAUGUACAUAUAUGCCAUGGAGAAAAAACUACUGCAAGUCAUUUAUUAUUUUUUUCAUGAGACCUGAUACCUGUACUGGUUGUAAUAUCCUUGUCCUUACCUGGUUAUCUAAUCGUCAAUAAAUAAAGUUCUUAUAAAGUUCUGAUAAAAUUUUAAAAAAUAGAUGGUAAAAGGGUAAUAUGCUAUCCUUCUCAAUGAAUUGAAUUGUUCAGCUUUUAAGCUUCAGAUUUGUCAUUAGAAUAUAAUGAAAAUAAGUAUUAAAUAGUAAAAAAAUAGUUUUAGUAAAUUCUUGAAUAUUUUCUCAGGCAGUUUGAAUAAAUAUAAGCGUUUUGCCGUCAAGAAAUACUGUCUGGUUUUCUGGGGUUUUUUGGUUUGUUUGUUUGUUUGUUUGUUUUUUUGUACCAGUAGAAUUUAGGUGUCAUUAUAAUUAACAUACAUAAUCAUGUGCACUUGGUGUCUGAUUUGUAACGCUGUAGAUUGAGAUUGAGUGUGUGUUAAGGGCUUAUUAGGCUUUUGAAAGAUUAUGUUACACAAAGGUCAUAUGAUCUGCAAGUGCUUCCUACUAAGUAUGCAACUUUCAGCACCCAAUGGUCUCUUGAGUGUGGGGUUUUAAUGUAUGCAGUGCUGCUAUAUACUUGGGGAAGCAAGACAAAAUGAAAUUUAAUGAACAUUUAAUUUUGAAUUAUGUUAUAUUUUUAAAAGAUUUACAUUGUGACAGCAGGGUUUAAAGCCUUUAAUCUUAUUUGGUACCAUAUCAGUGUUGUGUACUGGUUGGAGAACUGACCUUGUAACCGGAAGAAUUAUGGGUCACCUCUCAGUUCCAGCGGGCAUAUUGCUUCAAUAAUUAUUCAGCUUUACAAAUAGAUAUCUUUAAGAUAGUUUUAAGCAGCUUUUUAUACUAUGCUGAUUGAGAAUCAUCAGAAUAAAAAAAUAUUAAUAUUCAUAAAUAAUGUUCUCAUUAAAUUAAUUGUUUCUCA